AGCCAGCUGCGGGGGAGGGGCCGGGGACUAGGAUCCCCGGCCAGGAGCUAUGGGGCCGGACAGGACGGUGGCCUGUGGGCCAUAGUCUGCCCAUGUCUGCACUAGAGAGACACACUCUGAUCAUCUAAAUGCAGGAUCCCACGAUUGUCCUCCAAGGUGGCAGGACAGACCCAAUGGAACUCAGGCCUAUCCCAUGAUACUCCUAGAACUGUGGAUGUAAAUACUCCCAGCCCAGUCGUAGCGCUUAGCCAUUGUUCUACGUUGUGGGAUGGUUCUGAGUUGUCCCACCCUAGUAGAGGCCCUGGGAGGUUUUACCUCUCACAGGGAGCCACUGCCUUCAGGAGCUUCACAGCAGCUGUAAGGGGGAGCGUGCCCACCCCACUGCUAGACCCCUUCAGUACCAUCAUGCCUCUGGGCAGGGCCACUUUCUCUGCCCCCUUAGCAGGAAGUAGCCUCUGUGCUCAGAGAUGGUUGCCCUGAGAAAUCAGGUGGCCCUUGGAGCUGCUUCCCUGUGUGUCCUGCUGCCCAGCACUGUAACGUGGUGGCCCCGCUGCAAGAGGCCUCAUUUAAAUACAAACAACUGUGCUCUGGCUUGCAUGGGAGCGGUUGUCAAGGAGGUUGUCAGGGAGGCUGACAUCAGAGAUCCUGUCCCUAUAGAUUAUUGUACAGUGGCAGGAUCUGUUCCUCAUCUGCAAAUGAGACAAGAGGGCACCCAGAGGAAACCCUGAGGGCACUUUGCGUCAUUGACCCAGGUUGCCUAGCACCGCUGGGACUGGGGAGGGAGGGCCGAUUGGCUUCGGGUUUGCAUUUUCCCAGGGUGGCCUGUUGAGAGCCAAACAGUGCUGAGAACUGAGCCGGGGAGGAGAGAGGCAGAGGCGAUGGCUGGCGAUGCGUCGGAGCUUGAGCUCCCCCUCGUCCAGGACGUCCAGCUCACCAAGUGCAUGCGGCUGCGGGCGCAGAGCCUCCAGCAGAGGAACGAGCGGCCGCAGGAUGGCGAGAAGCUGCUGCGGCCCAACGAGUACAUCUACCGGGUGGAUUUCGUCCGGCAGCACAACCUGCACUUCCUGCACUGGAAGAUCCAGAUGGAGAAAGCGGGGAAGGUGAUGGUGACGGGCACCUCCCAGCACUGGACGCCCGACCUCACCAACCUCAUGAACAGGCAGCUGCUGGAGCCGGUGGGCAUCUUUUGGAAGAAGCCAGGGACCAAGGAAGUGGAGUGUAACGAGGCAGAUGCCCAGGAGUUCGGGGAAAGGCUGAUGGAGCUGGCCAAGAUCCGCAAGGUGAUGUACUUCCUCCUCUCCUUCACCGAUGGCCUCGACCCAGCCCACCUCAAGUGCUCUGUAGUGUUCAAAGCCUGAUCCAUCUCAUCCUGGGCAGAUCCCUCACCUCUUGCCCCCAGCCGUGUCUCUCUUCAUGUUUCUUUCUCUUCACUUCGAUUCAGUGAUUGGUCAUUUCUUUUAAAGGGACAGCACGACAAAAGAAUUGUGCCCUGUUGAUUUGCAGCCGGCAGUCAUGGUUUGAGAAUAGCCAAGUGACUAUAAUGCUUCCCUGGCUGCCCCCACUGUCCCGGGAGACUUUCCCCAACAGGUUGUGUCUUGUGGCUGAAUGGAGAGAGAGAGGACGGUUGCUUUAGUAGCCUAGAACGCAGUAUUGCACGCUAGUUAGUUCAGCUGUGCAAGGCGAGCUGUUUGACUGGCAGCUUGCCGAGAUGGGGACGAGCUGGCUUGGAAGCUGUGGGGCUGCCUUGAUCAAACCCGACCGACUGCCUUACAUAGACGUUAAAGGUCCAGUGGAAAUAUUGAGGAUCUCUGUCGCACGUCGUCGUGUGGAGUAAGGGAGGUGCCGCAGACCAGCGCUUUGAGCUCCACUCUCAAGGCCAUCAUUUUCAAACGUGUCUGGUGACUUUGGGUACCCGGCUUUCCAAAGGCAGCAUAUUUUCAGAGGGGCUGAGCCUUUGCAGCUCGCGUUGACCUCAGCUGGAGCUGUGGAGCUCAGCACCUCUGAAAAUCAUGCCCCAGGGAGUCUCAAGGUGCCCCUCAUGCCCUCAGCUAAUGCAUCGGAAAUCAAUGGCCACUUUUGCAAAUUUCAGGCCUGCUGGUCAAACUCCAGUGAGGACUUCAGGCUUUGGACCCAUGUUAAUGUCAGCAGCUCAUCUGUUCCCUGCUGCACAGCGAGUAACUCUCAUGGUGCAUUUGCCUUGCUGUGGUACAAAUUGAACUCGGGGACAGUGCGCUGCCUGGGGAUGUUAUGUAUUGAAGACCGUUGGAAGGUCAAUCUGCUGCAGUGUGCCGAGCUAGGAAAGUUAUAGGGGCAAAGCAAAGGUUUCUGAGCAGAGUUUAACCCUUUGUAGCUCUGAGCCAGAUGUGAGUCUUGUGCAGCGCUCAUCCUUUGUAGAGUACAGUCCAGGAAUGUGAUCUCUCCAAGCUCACAUAGAAAUAUAUUGGUUAUUAAUUAUAUACCUAGGGCUGUAAGCUUGCCCAGUGCUUUACAAGCAAUAGAAUAAGAAACUUCUCUCGCACCAAAUUGCUUACAACCUAAGGGACUGUUACUGCGAACACUUCCUGCCAGGCAUAGAGCUUUGUAGGGGUCUGGUGUAUAGGCUACAUGGGUGGAAGCUGGAGACCUGGCUUCUCUUCACAGCACUACCAUUGUGCAGCUUGGUAUGUGAACUUGGGCAAGUCACUGAACUGCUCCGUGCCUCAGUUUCCCCUCUGUGAAAGAGGUGAUGAUAUGGACCCUAUUUUGUAAAGCAGUUUUAAGAGCCACAGAUGAAAAGUGCUAUGGAAAUGCUCAGUACAUGCUACUCUUUGUCCCAUGGUCCUGAACAGGAUUACACCUGAGAGUGUUUUUAGGACAAAGUACUGGUUGUUCCGGAGGUAUAUAUUAUGUCAUUGCAUGAAAAACAAACCCACCUCAGCUCAGUUCUCAAGCUUUGAUCUCACCCACAGUUCAUCCUUAUUUUUAUAGCUGAUUUAUACAAGCUUCCCUGUGCAGGGGAUGGGGAAAGCUCAUUUCUUUGCCAAAGAGAGACUCUGAACCGCAAGGCGACCGUGGAAGCGGCUGGAGUGGCAGCCGCUGCGUACGCAGAAAUGGUGUGGGGCAGGAAGGCAGGCCAAUGUGCCGGAGAGUCACGCAAGCUGGUGAGACAACAUCAGACACAUGCGGAAGAGAGCUCCCUUCACUGCGGUACCAGAGUAAUGCGGUAAAUAACAACAUGGCAGGUGCAUUCUUCUGUGCUGUCACUUUUAUUUGUUCACUUUCUCUGUCUUUGUUUAGAGCCGUUCCCUGAAGAAAUGAGACACCCGGUGAUCAGGAAUUGAAGUUUUUCCUAUUCCCUUUUGUCACAAAAUGUAGCAACUUUGAGCCAGAUUUUGCUCUGGGAUUUUAGCAGCAACCUUCCCCUGAAACCACCCACACACAUCCCAGAGCGGAGUUUGGCUCCUGGCCUGAAGUGCCACAUGGGCCAAUCAGACUGUCCCAGCUCUAGCCAUUACCGAAAUCACUGUUAUGAGUCGUCAGGACACUUUAAUGGUAAUUCAUUGUGUCUCACCGCCUGUGUCGAGUUCAUGCUGCGCUUAUCCUGCUGGGUAUGUAUUUGUGUACAAUGGAAAAUAAAAGCCCUUGAGGAAUGAGGUUGGAUGUGUCUCCCUCUGACCUAAAAUGCCCUGGUCUUACUCACAAUAAAGGAGAACCCAUCAGUCUUCACCCCAUGAUUUUUAGGUGUCUUCCCCCAUACACACACACUGCAAAGCUUAAGAUCUGUAAAACGUAAUAACUUCAUUCCUGGAGUGAGCUGCGUAGCUGGAUAUUUAGCUGCUUGUGUAGCUGUUGAGUGAGAGAGAGAAUUUUCUGAUUCCUCGGUGUAUCUCAGAUCCACAUGACACGGUUUCAGGGAUGGGACGUUAGCCAAUCUCCAUGCCCCUGGAACAGUACCAAUGUCCACUAGCCGAGGGUCUGGCCUCAUUACAGAAACUGACCGUCUGCACAGGGGUGAGCAGAAAGUCCCAAGCACCCCUUAAGUGAUGCACCAGCCUUUCUGCACAGAGAUGGGCUUCACCUGGUUUGUAUGUGGCUCUCAUGACAGGCACAGCUUGAGUCUCCCUCCUUCGGAGUUGGGGAGCCCCCCUGGAGAGAGCCCCGCUCUCCGCCUCCUGUUAGGAAAUGAAAUCCCUGAGUUCUCCCCACCCAGGACCAUUCUUCCCGGUCACAGAUGCCUCAAUUCUUAAUUGGCAUUUACUGUUUUAAAAAA